AUGAAGAUGGAAGCUUCUGUUUCAGCAGUGGAGAAAAUAAUCGGCUACACUUUUCAAAACAAGAAGCUUCUAGAACAAGCUCUUACCCAUACUUCUUACCCUGAAGCCGUUUCAUAUGAACGUCUUGAGUUCGUUGGCGACGCCGUUUUAGGUCUCGCCAUCAGCAACCACCUCUUCCUCGCUUACUCCUCCGUCGAUCCUGGUCAGCUCUCUCUCCUCCGUGCCGCUAAUGUUAGCACCGAGAAACUCGCUCGAGCUGCCGUUCGUAAUGGUUUACACCGUUAUGUCCGUCACAAUACGCUUUCGAUUGUUGAUAUGAUUAACGAGUUUGUUGAUGCGGUUGGUUGUGAGGAUGAUUGUGCUCUUGUUAUGUAUGGUGGAUCGGUUAAAGCUCCCAAGAUUCUUGCCGAUAUUGUCGAGUCUGUUGCUGCUGCUGUUUAUGUUGACGUUGAUUUCGACCUUAAAAAAUUAUGGGUGAUUAUAAGAGGUCUUUUGGAGCCGAUAGUUACACUGCAAGAUCUUGAACAAAAACCGCAACCGGUGACAAUGCUUUACGAGAUCUGCCAAAAGAAUGGUAAAAAAGUUGACAUAGAACAACAGAGAAAUGGUCCCAAAAGCACUGCCUGUGUCUAUGUUGACGGAGAGUUGGUUGCAUCCGCUUCCUCUGAUCAAAAGGACAUUGCAAGGCUUGAAGCUGCCAAGGCUGCCUUGCAUAAACUACAACGCUUACUACCUGCCACUACCACAAUGCCUGAUUGUUGUGUCGACAUUGAUGGUAACUUUAAAAUUGAAGCUGCCAAGCAGAAAUUAUACGCAAUUUGUGGGAUGAAAAAGUGGCCCAAACCGGUAUACAGUAUUGAGAAAGACGAAGGUACUCCUCAAGAUAAGAAAUUUGUCAGUGCCGUUCAGAUAACUACUCCGGCUGCCAUACUCAAAAUGUCUGGAGACGAAAAAUCUCGGGUGAAGGAUGCAGAGAACUCUGCAGCUUCCUUGAUGAUUCGGGCCUUACAACAACACAAGUAUGUGUGA